AUGCAUUCUUCUCCAUCGCCACAGCUACUUCGCGCCCUGCGCACAUUCAUCACACUUGCUACCACCAACACUACAACCACUGCACUCCGACCCUCACGAAUCGCACCACAAUGCACCGCAGCCAGCACCAUAUUCAGCGCCUCAAGCUGCCGCUACAAUAGCACUGAACCCCCCCGUCCAACUCGCAUGAUUCCUCGCUCUCACACCCACAAACCAACCUCCCACGAACGCGGCCCAUCAGUCCAAGAAAACACAUCAACCGAUCUCAACGCGCUCAAUGUUUUAGGCAACAUCCCUGCCCCUACGACGGCCGUGGACGCCACACUAGACGAUGGGUUUCAUUUGGACAACGGGUUGAAAGUGCGCAAUGGAGACGGUGUGAUGCUGGUUGGCGGAGAGGCGUUCGCGUGGAGGCCGUGGGCGGCGAAGGGGUCUAAGGCAGAGAUGGUGAAUAAGAAGGGGCAGUUUGAGGUUGAUGAAGAGGUCUGGGGGGUGCUUGGGUUGGUUUGGCCAAGGCCUGAUUUGUUGAUUAUUGGGAUGGGGGAAACGAUGUUUCCGCUUUCUCCGGAGACGAAGAAACAUAUCAGUUCGCUGGGGAUUCGGAUCGAGAUUCUGAGUACGAGAAAUGCGGCGUCGCAGUUUAAUAUGUUGGCGACGGAGAGAGGUGUGACGGAGAUUGCGGCUGCUAUGAUUCCUUCUGGGUGGAAGGGGAAAUAA